AUGCAGAAGGGGAGGCUGCAGCAGCGCGCUGCCCUGCUGACCCAGACAGAGCCAACAGCAGCCACAGCCCCAGGGGCUGAGCAGGCCUCGCAGAGGGCAAAGGAGAUCAAGGAUCUUGCGGCCACCCAUACAGGAGAGUCAGGCCCAAACACUGGGUCUCAGAGCUUUGCAGACAAGAUCCCACUACCCCUGACACCCCGGCAGCUGGCAGCGUUCCAGGAUGUCUUCAAACUGUUCAGCUCCAGCCUGACAGGCACUGUGGACAUGCGCAGCAUGAAGGCUGCCCUGGGCAACAUGGGUGUCCGGCUGACCCCACAGGAAAUGUAUGAGGCUCUGCAGGAGGCAGACUUGGAUGGUGAUGGAACUGUAAGCUUCAAAGACUUUCUGGGUGUCCUCACUGACAGCCACCGCCUGGCUCAGUCCUUGGGCCAGGUGAGGAACAGCCGGGUCUGUGGCCCCCAGGGCCGGGAGACCCUGUUCUUAGAGAUGAUGUUCAAACUGAUGAGUCUGGGCUUUGUGCCCCACAAGUCGGUGCAGGAGGUGAUGAGCUAUUACUCCAAGAAGCAGCGGUCUCUGCGGCUGAACUCGAGUUGGAAGGGACGGUCUCGCGGCCACUGCAGCACCGGGAGCUCUCACGCGGGCCUCACGUUCUUCUGCCAGGCCGUCCGCCUCAGCGGCCUUUCCAACGCCGAGCUGGCGCGCUCCCUGCACAGACUGCACAAAGCAGAUGUGCGCAGCCCCUACUCCCAGAUGCCUAACCUGAAUGGGCGGACGCAGCCAGAAUGUCAGAACCGAACCCCCCGCCUCGACAUCGGACUUCCCAAGUCCUACCAGCCCAGCGGCUCCAAGCUCCGGCCCAACCGCGGGCGGUUCAGCCAAGGGUUCAUGGGCCAGCCACUAGGGAGUAUGCGCCCCUCGAAGCGAGCUCCUUCGCCCCCAACGCUAGUGCAGAAGCAGCCCUUCUCUCCCCAUCCAACCUGUUUGCAGAGACCGGCUAUGAAGAACUUGUACAAGUAAAGCGUUUGCUAAGCGAAA